CACCACGGUGCAGCGUGUGUGUGUCGGUGAGCUGCGAGUCCGGCUGACGUUCCACGGUGGACGGUGCUGUGUUGUCACCAGCUGUUGGCCACAAGACCGACAAGAAAAGUGGAUGCGUGUCGGUGCUUUGUGCGUCUGCGGGCGGACCGGAGCGCUCACAACCGCCGCCGGAGCCCGGGGGUCGGUACCGGGAUGACUAAUGGGAGCACCGGAGCGUCCGCAGCCUCCCAUUGAUCCCGUCAGUUACAUAACGGAGCGCAUCGAUCACACAAAAAAUUGUGAUAACGGAGCGUCCAGGUCGGAGUUGAAGCCAUUUUUCUCCGCAAAACAUUUAACCAGAUCGUGCAGAUGUGUUAAUAUGGAGCCAGUGAAAGUCAAUAUGUGAUGAUAUUGACCUGUUUUCCAGCCAAAGUAGAAACAGGCAGUCCCACUAGUCCACCCGGCAGCAGAUAAAGUAGUUUGAAGCUUCCACCAUGAACGUGGGCACGGCUCACAGCGAGGUGAACCCCAACACCCGGGUGAUGAACAGCCGGGGGAUGUGGCUCUCCUACAUCCUGGGCAUCGGCCUGCUGCACGUCAUCCUGCUCAGCAUCCCCUUCGCCAGCGUGCCGGUGGUCUGGACCCUCACCAACCUCAUCCACAACCUGUGCAUGUACCUCCUGCUGCACACGGUCAAAGGGACGCCGUUCGAGACGCCCGAUCAGGGCAAAGCUCGCCUCCUGACGCACUGGGAGCAGAUGGACUACGGCGUCCAGUUCACCGCUUCACGCAAGUUCCUCACCAUCACCCCCAUCGUCCUGUACAUUUUAACCAGCUUCUACACCAAGUACGACCGGGCCCAUUUCGUGGUGAACACCGUCUCCCUGCUCACCGUCCUCAUCCCCAAGCUGCCGCAGCUGCACGGCGUGAGGAUCUUUGGGAUUAAUAAGUACUGACGAGGCAGAAGAGGACACCUCCUUCCCAGAGUCCCCGUGGACCUGCCCGGAGCUCGCUGAGCGUCGGGCCUCUGAUUUGGCUGCAGGACCGCCAGGAUCCACGGCCCGUCGGCGCCUGAAACGAAGCCCAGCCGAGGAUACCCCAGGAGGGCCGCUGUAGGGAGAUAAAGAGCACAAAGGGAAAGAGUCCUGGUGUGAUUGUUCAGAGACACUUAGAGCAGCAUUUUUUUAAGAAGGUAGAGUAUUAUUCUGACGGGUGUCGGCGUGAAAAAAGACACACUGAGGCGGUAACCGGAGCUAUUUUCUCUGUAACGACACGCCGCUGUAUUUAUUCAGCUUCACUCCCCUCGUGUAGCUUCCUGAAACGGCGAGGCUGCAGAGGCGAGAAAACCACCAGGUUUUAUAUUUAGCUGCUCCUCUCGACUCGGCCAAGACUGGGAAGUUAAGCAAGUCUUAUUUUUAUCUGACCGUUUCCAUAUUUGGACGUCUCUUGUCCUGGUUUGUGUCGCUGCAAACCUCCCGUCUGCAGGAGUUCAGAAAGUCCGACGGGGAACCAGCAGUCUGAGUUUAGACACGAGUAUUUCUGUAGAAACUCUCAUUACAUUAGCAUGACCUGUAGGCAGAUCACACGCCGACUCUCCACUUUAUCAGCUUGUGCAAUCUGGUGCAAUCCAUUAGAGACCUGCAGCAAAGUCUUUCUUAAAGUUUCCUCACCUCCAUUUCCACAUAUGAAUGUAGCAGAAUAUUAGAAAUCCUCCUCAGUAAUGAAAGUAAGGUAAUAAUAAUAAUAAUAGGGGAAAAAAUUCUUCACUCUUGAUUUAUCUCUUUGUUGGACUCAUCCAACUUCACCGCUUUAGGCUCCACUUUCUAUUUUCUGCUUUUAGUUUGGCUCCGUGCGGAAUUUAUCAGAUCUUUUUUUGAAAAUAGAGCAGUCUGUGGACUGGAAGUCCCAAAAAUGUAAGUAGUAGAUCCUAAAAAAGUCCUACAAACAACUGUUUUCAUCUCACAGGCGUCAGUGCGGCUUUAAGUUGCAUGAUCAUCCACAAAAACAACAUCAAACACGAAAAUAAAACAUUUUAGUGGCUACAUGUACAAGGUCCUGAUGUUACAAGAAAAUCCAGCAAAAUUUUGCUCAGGAAACAACUCUAAUAGGAACAGUUUGUAGCCAGAAACCAAAAAAAUUAGCUGAUAGAUACUGAAAAAGUCCUACGAUUAACUCUUUUCACUUUGCAAAGCUCUUUAAUUCAUAUUUAAUUAAAAAAAAAGUUGAUUAGUGCAGCUUUAAGUUGCAUUAUAGACCAAAAAACAACAGGAAACAAGAUAUAUGUUUGUGAAAAUAAAAAUGUUUGUAGUUUUGUUUGCAAAAUCCUGACAUGUAUAAAUUUACUGAUGCUUUAUGUGUUAUUAUUGACCAAAAACAACAGGAAAGAAGAUGUUUGUUGACCGGAAAGCCCAAAAAGAUUAGCUGUUUUCACUUUGCAAAGCUCUUUAAUUGAUUGUUAAUUGAAAUAACUAUGAGUCAGUGCAGCUUUAUGUGGCAUUAUUGUCCAAAACCCAAAAGGAAACAAGGUACUUAUUACGCAAAAAGGCAUUUUAGUAGCUCCGCCCACAAAAUCCUGAUGUUUCAAUAACAUCCGUACGAGUUUGUGCUGGAAGUAACACUAAUAAGAAAAUCCAAAUGUUUAGAUGAUAAAUACUAAAAAUGCUCCCUUGAACAAGUGUUUUCACAUCACAAAGCUCUUUAAUUCAUACAUAAUUGAAAAAAUAUUGAUUAGUGCAGCUUUAAGUUGCAUUGUUGUCCAACAAACAAUAAAAAACAAGAUAAAUGUUUGUGAAAAUCCAAAUUUUAGUCCAUAUUUUGUUCACUAAACAAGAUAAUAACAGAUUGUUGACUGAAAAUCCCAAAAUGUGGCUGGUAGACACUGAAAAACUGCUAAGAAACAACUUUUUUUUCCCCAUCACACAGCUCUUUAUUUUAUAGUUAAUUCAAAAAAUAUUGAUUUAAUGCAGCUUUAAGUUGGAUUAUUGUCCAAAUAUAACAAUAGAAAACAAGAUAUUUGUUGUGAAAAUAAACAUUUUAGUAGCAACAUCCACAAAAAUCCAGAUGUUUCAAGAACUUUAUGCCAGAAAAUCAUCCAAAUGCUCAGUUUUUACAGAUAUAAGAACGUCAAAUCGGAUUAGUAAACAUUUUUUCUUCUUAAAAUUUUACAUAUUUGCAUGCGUUUGUUUUUUCACCAGUAGAAGGCUGAAGAGUCCAGAAACCAAAUGGAAUAUUAGUGAGUGAAAAUAUUAAAUUAUUGGGCGGUUUCCGUUCACUUUUCUUGCCCAACAUGUUUUUUUUUUCUUAAUUUGAAGUUGGAAAUCACAUUUUAAUUUAUUGAUAAGUAGCUUCAACUCGAUAAUAAUUAAAUAAAAGGACAAAAAUAUUAUUUUGAAUUCUACUUCGGCCUCAAAAAUAGACACAGAAUCACUGCAGAGUUACGUUUUAAGAAUUCUGCAGCAACAAUAAGCACAGAAAGUAAAGUUUGAUCUGUUUUCCUAAAUGUAAUAAUACCAAAUGUAGUUUGUUUCACGGCUGCUGUUAAACUGAGAUCUAAGGAUUCAUUCAAUUCUUUACUAAACUGAAAAAAUAAAUCAAUUUCCUGCAUUUUUCAAAAUUAUGUUCACAGAUAUUGGAUAUUUUUCUUAAUCUGAAUAAAGAAAUCACAUUUUAAUUUAGUAAUAAGUUGCCAAAAGUGUUCUAUAGUUCAAUAAAUGGACAAAAAUAUCAUCUUAGUUCUACUUAGAAGUGUAAAAAUAGACACGACAUCAUCGCAGAAUUAUGUUUGUUUUUUUUAUUAUACAGCAAGAAAAGGAACAAAAGGUAAAAUUUCUUUCACUCUAUUUAACCAAACCAAAUGCAGCUGCUUUAAAGCUCAGUUGAAAGAAAAAAAAAAUCAGUUUCCUUCAUUUUUUUGAGCUAUGUUCACAGAUAUUAGUCUGAUUAGUAUUAACCACAUUCAGGAGCAGCAGCUGUAGUCUGUAAAUAUUAGAAAUACCGACUGUGACAGAACAGAUUGUUUUCAGAUGUAGCAGACGACAAGCUUAAAGUGGAUUAUUGUGGUUUGUGCCGUUUCCAAUCAAUAAAUGUGUUAAAUUGGUUUCAUUUAUAACUAAUAGAUCGAUCCAGAGAUUAAAAAGCAACGAACCAAACGACUCAGAACCUUAAAAAACGAGUCGAUCUGCUGCAGCUUCCGUCUUUUCUCACCAUAAAGGGCUUUUCUCAUUACAGGCUUUAGGUCUUUGUAGCACCGAAUCCUCAUACAUUUUACUUUUACGUUUCUGUUAAAGAUCGAACUGAAUGUGGAUGAAAUGUGACGAUAAGUGCUUCUGACUCCCAAAUACAGUAUUUUUCAAGCACCA